AUUGUCGGAAUAUGCGCCUGACCGAUUCGUGCUCUUGAGUUUUUUCUACCCAUGGCGGCUGCUGUGUGGGUGCCGCCGCCGGUCGCGUCUCAGCAGCACAGAGUUUUUUUGCUACAUGGGUCUUCUACGAAAAGGGAUGUGUUCUAUAAGCGGAGUGAAAACUUUCGAAGAACAAUUUGCUGUGCAAUGUUCGGUGCUGGAGAAACCUCAGGCUCUACACCGAUUUUCCCCAGAGUUGACGUGAGAGACCCGUACAAGCGGCUGGGAAUCAGCAACGAGGCAUCCGAGGAGGAGGUCCGAGCAGCUCGAAACUACUUGCUCAAGCUUUACGGCGCUCAUCCCAAGAGCAAGGCCUCGAUCGAGUCGGCCUACGACAAAGUCAUCUCGGAGAGCUUGAAGAGGUACCGGAGAAAGCCCAAAGUCCUCAAACCUCCUCCAGUGUGGCUCCAGAAGCUGACGGACCGGUUUGAUACGCCACCCACGGUCGUCAUAGCCGCAAGAGCGUUUGCUUUCUUCGUUUUGGGAGUCUGGAGCGUUUUGGAGGCGGCAGCCACAGGUCCAAGCUUCCAGGUGAUACUUAGUCUCGGUGCUUGUAUCUAUUUCUUGAAGAAGAGAUUCAAAGUUUUGUGGAAAGCUUCGUUAAUCGGAGUUGCAGCAUUUCUAUUCGCCUGGGUGUUUGGCUCUUUCCUUGUUCCUUUGAUUCCAUUUCCCGGCUCUUGGAACAUAGAACUGGCAACUUCGCUGAUAUCAUACAUAGUUCUCUGGAUGUCAUGCACUUUCCUCAAGUAAAGGUACCAUCUUGAAAAAAAUUGUGUUGAUGUUCUAAUGCAAAUAUUCUAAUGGCUUUGUCAAGAGUGAA